UUAGAAACUUCCGCACACCAUGCUAAUGACAGAUGAGAUAUGUGUUUUGCUAUUGCGACUCGGUGAUGCCCCAGCUAGCCUAUUUGAAGUAACACCUUGGAGCCAACUUUUGUGUUGGACCCUAUCCAAAUCGUCGCUGUCUUUGCGCGCGGCGAAGCACCGCAGGCAUGGCCAGUGUUCUCCAUGUGCUUCUCGCCGGCUGCGCUUGGGUUUGCCUCACCCCACCUCUGAGCGAGGGUCAGAAUGUUUACAGAAAUGUGCAGAUACCAGAUAAGGCCCAUUUUGCUGAAGCCUUUGAUUCGGCUCCUCUGAACAGAAACUGGAUCCGGUCCAAGGCAGACAAAGUGGGGGAGAACAACCUGAAGUAUGAUGGGGAGUGGGCUGUGGAGGAGCCGGAGCAUCAAGUGUUGCCAGGCAACCGGGGCCUGGUGAUGAAGAGUGUGGGUCGUCAUCAUGCAAUUUCUUCACAGCUGCGCUCUGUGUACCAUUUUAAGGACAAACCUCUGUGUUUGCAGUAUGAGGUCCACUUCCAGAAGGGUAUGGAUUGUGGAGGGGCCUACAUCAAGCUGUUGUCUGAUCAUGGCAGCCUUCAGUUGGCCCAGUUCAGCGACGCCACCCCAUACUCCAUCAUGUUUGGACCGGACAAGUGCGGCAGCAGCCACAAGGUCCACUUCAUCUUCCGCCAUCAGAACCCUCUCACGGGGGAGUACGAGGAGAAGCAAGCGCGGCAGCCAGCCGUGGACCUAGCUGACUACUUCAACGACCGCAAGCCACACCUGUACACCUUGCGGUUGUACCCCGACAACACCUAUGAGAUUCUGAUAGACCUGGCGGUCAUCAGUAAAGGCAGCUUGCUGGAGGACAUGGUUCCUCCAGUGAACCCCCCAUUGGAGGUGUUGGACCCUGAAGAUACGGCACCAGAUGACUGGGAGGACAGGGAGCGCAUCCCGGACCCCACGGCCACAAAGCCCCAGGAUUGGGAUGAGGAUGCUCCGGAGCUGAUCCCAGACCCCGCUGCCCAGAGGCCUGACGGCUGGCUGGAGGAGGAGCAGCCCUUGAUCCCCGACCCCGAGGCACAGAGACCAGAGGACUGGUCGGAGGAUAUGGAUGGGGAGUGGGAGGCCCCCCUGGUCCCCAACCCUGUGUGUGCCCAAGCGGCAGGCUGCGGUCCCUGGUCCCCGCCCAUGCUGCGCAACGCAGCCUACAGAGGGAGGUGGUACCCUCCUAUGAUUGACAACCCCAAUUACAAGGGACCUUGGAAGCCGCGGUCCAUCCCAAACCCUGCCUACUUUGAGGACCUCCACCCGUUCCGCAUGGCCCCUGUGCGGGCCGUGGGGCUGGAGCUGUGGUCCCUCACUGCAGGGGUGCUCUUCGACAACAUCCUGCUCUGUGAUGACCUCGCCAUCGCCCAGCAUUGGACGCAGGACACAUGGGGACAGAGGAAGCAGGCAGGAGUGCUGGAGCAGCUGUAUGUGGCGACGAUGAAAAGGCCGUGGCUGUGGGGGGUUUACGUCUUCUCUGUGGGCCUUCCCAUCAUCCUCUUUGUCAGCUUCAUGUGGCCAGACAAGCGCUUUGGUCCCCCCGAUCAGGAUUACUAUUACAAAAAGUCAGACGAGCCCCAGCCUGACGGCCCACAAGACCUCGAGGGCCCCCAUUCCUUGAGUGACUACGGGGUGACAAGCAGAACUGGGCCCAGGAAGAGAGAUGUGAAAAGGGCCCAGAAGAAGUCCGAUUUGGAGCUCAAGGUUAAAGAAUGAUGGUGAUUUCCGGUCAUCUCUAGCUGCCUGUUCCUGGGAAAACGUCAUCUGAGACAAUGAGAUGAAGCUGAGAUAUAGAUCUCAGAUAACAAACCUGUCCAUUUUUGACUUGUUGGAUCACUGUGAAUGUUGUUCUGUAAGUCUACAACAAUAAACAUGUCUGUUUCUGUGA